AAGCAUGCAGAAAGCUGUGAUGCAUCAGCACCGCUGUUGUGUCGUAGUUAUCACUUAUCUUGAUGCGUCUUAACUCUCAAUUAACUUCGCCCUGAAGUAUUACGUGCUUCCAAGUCUGGACUUAAUGAUGAAAUGCUGUAAUGAUGUUCCUUUGGACUGUAUCCGAUGCUGCUUUUUAAUGUAUCUCAGUGAUACUCACUGUCAAAAAUGCAGGACUGCAGGCUGUGUCCAACCUCCUCCCUGCGGGUCAUUAGGAGCUCUCCAGCUGAAGCUUCACCCUUUUUGUUGCUCUUUCAGACCUGUAGGUUUACUUCUCUUGGCUGUUUUUCAGUCUCUAACUUGAGAAGCACUUUGUUACCACAUCCAGGAUCUUUGUUCUCAGUUUUAGGAGUGAUAACUGUAUUUUAGGUGCUGUUAGCUCUCAUUUUAAGUGGCUCUAGGUUAAGGUAAAGGCUCUGCAAGGUUUUUCCUGUGGGCAAGAAAUGUUGAGGUCAAACAUAUUUCCUUAAGAAGAUUUUCUCCUGUUUCCAGAUAAAGGAGACUUGGUUUCCAAAUCAGAUUAGUGCCUGGCUGAGUAAUUAAACAUUAUUGCACCCGCUUUGUUGCAGCUUAUGUUAAAGAACUACUAAUGAUUAAUGGUGAGAAAUUACUGUCUUGAAUCUGCGAUUUGGAAUCGGGCUCAAAAAGAUCCAACAGGGAAGGGCAGCACUGCUGAUCUGCUGCUUCAUUUAAGCAGCAAACACAGAGGCAGUCAGGCGUGUGCUGGUGGUUAAGUAUCAGUAAACCUAGAUGAGAUUGCUGAGUUCCCCCUGGGCAUUGCAGGGAGGCAGCCUGCAGCGAGGAGCUGGGAAUGUGCUCAGAGUUGUUUGGGAAGCUCAUGGGAAUGGGAAGAACCAGUGGGUGACCCAAGUGUGUGUGAGGUGUUGCUGUAUGUGUUUGAGGCGUUGCUUAGCAGGUGCUGUACAUGAAAAGCUUUUAGUUCCUGAAACUGGUUUGUGGAGCAUCUGUAAGUAGGCUGGCGUGCGUGUAGCUGACAGCUGAUCCAGGCUGUGUUAGCAGGAGAAACCAAGGGCUGAAGCAACACCAAGACCAAGCUUUUCUCCUUGUGUUUGUGAGAAACUGUGUGUGGAAGUGGGUCCUGAUUUACAACAACUGGAACACGCUUGCCUUGCAUUCUCCCAGCUCCCUUAAGGGAAAGGGUGGUUUUGUGCUGGUGGGGUUUAGGAGGUUCUGGACUUCACUGUGGCCAUCUGCACAAAAUCUGAGAGGAGUUUCUCACAGUUGGACGCUGCAUCUUGUCUGUUCUUUUCUCCUGAGACCUCUGUGUUGCUCAGACAAUUUUAGCUCUUGUUUUAAAAAUCAGGGAGUAAAAAUAACCUCUUGGAGUUUUCACCAGCUUCGAGCUCUGUCUUUAAUGCACCAAAAUAACAAUAAUCUUUGUUUUAUUGAGCUCUGGUUGUCUUGUUUGCUUUCUUUACAGGUACAAGCAAGAUAACUGAGAUCAGCUACGAGCAAAAAUGUCGCUCUCCAAAAGGGAAUUGGAUGAGCUGAAACCAUGGAUCGAGAAGACAGUGAAAAGGGUGCUGGGUUUCUCCGAGCCCACUGUGGUCACUGCAGCACUGAACUGUGUUGGGAAGGGCAUGGACAAGAAGAAAGCAGCUGACCAUCUCAAGCCCUUUCUCGAUGACUCCACGCUGCGAUUUGUGGACAAACUCUUUGAAGCAGUGGAGGAAGGGCGAAGCUCCAGGCACUCAAAAUCCAACAGUGACCGGAAUCGAAAGCGAGAGCUAAAGGAUGUGUUCGGUGAUGACUCUGAGGUAUCCAAAGAAUCUUCUGGUGUCAAGAAACGGCGCAUACCACGAUUUGAGGAGGUUGAGGAUGAGCCUGAGGUUAUUCCAGGCCCGCCAUCAGAAAGCCCUGGAAUGCUGACCAAGCUGCAGAUCAAACAGAUGAUGGAAGCAGCCACCCGGCAGAUCGAAGAGAGGAAAAAGCAGCUGAGCUUCAUCAGUCCUCCAACACCACAGCCAAAAAUUUCUUCUUCGUCCCAGUCGGAACGUCUCCCCAUCGGCAACACGAUCCAGCCCUCCCAGGCAGCAACCUUCAUGAAUGAUGCCAUUGAGAAGGCCAGGAAAGCUGCCGAGCUGCAGGCCCGAAUUCAGGCUCAGCUGGCCUUGAAACCAGGGCUUAUUGGCAAUGCCAACAUGGUGGGGCUGGCCAAUCUGCACGCCAUGGGGAUCGCACCGCCGAAGGUGGAAUUGAAGGAUCAGACAAAGCCUACGCCACUGAUCUUGGAUGAACAAGGCCGAACUGUUGAUGCGACUGGUAAAGAGAUUGAAUUGACUCACCGCAUGCCAACCCUAAAAGCAAACAUCAGAGCUGUGAAGAGAGAGCAGUUCAAACAACAGCUUAAAGAAAAGCCCUCGGAAGAUAUGGAAUCCAACACUUACUUUGACCCCCGGGUCUCCAUAACCCCAGCCCAGCGUCAGAAACGCACCUUUAAGUUCCAUGAAAAAGGCAAAUUUGAGAAAAUUGCCCAGAGGUUGCGAACGAAGGCUCAACUAGAAAAGCUGCAGGCAGAGAUCUCUCAGGCUGCCAGAAAGACAGGGAUACACACUUCUACCAAGUUGGCUCUUAUUACCCCUAAAAAGGAGCUGAAAGAAGGGGAGAUCCCAGAGAUAGAGUGGUGGGACUCCUACAUCAUCCCUAACGGCCUUGAUCUAAAAGGCGGAACGUCUUCAAAAAAAGAUGAAUACUUUGGAAUCACAAACCUCGUGGAGCACCCAGCACAGCUUAACCCACCAGUGGACAGUGACACACCAGUGACCUUGGGUGUUUAUUUAACUAAGAAAGAGCAGAAGAAGUUACGGCGACAGACUCGGAGAGAAGCCCAGAAGGAGCUACAGGAGAAAGUCAGGCUGGGCCUGAUGCCACCUCCAGAGCCCAAAGUAAGAAUUUCAAACUUGAUGCGAGUACUGGGGACGGAAGCUGUUCAGGACCCAACGAAAGUCGAAGCUCAUGUUAGAGCACAGAUGGCAAAGAGACAGAAAGCUCACGAAGAAGCAAAUGCUGCAAGAAAACUGACAGCAGAACAACGAAAAGCAAAGAAGAUUAAAAAGCUGAAAGAAGAUGUUUCACAGGGAGUUCACAUAGCUGUGUAUAGAGUCAGAAACUUGAGCAAUCCAGCAAAAAAAUUCAAAAUCGAGGCGAAUGCUGGCCAGCUGUACUUAACAGGCGUGGUGGUUCUACACAAAGAUGUCAACGUGGUCGUGGUAGAAGGAGGCCCCAAAGCACAGAAGAAAUUCAAACGUCUUAUGCUUCAUCGAAUAAAAUGGGAUGAACAAACAUCAAACACCAAGGGAGAGGAUGAUGACGAGUCUGAUGAGGAGUCUGUUAAGAAAACAAACAAAUGCUCUCUGGUUUGGGAGGGCACAGCAAAGGAUCGCAGCUUUGGCGAAAUGAAAUUUAAGCAGUGCCCCACUGAAAACAUGGCACGGGAGCACUUUAAAAAGCACGGAGCAGAGCACUACUGGGACCUGGCUCUGAGCGAGUCCGUGCUGGAAUCCACAGACUGAGGGUGCUGCUGCCCCGGCACCCCUCUUGGUUUGAGAACAAUACCUCGUGGGAACUUGGACGAACCCUUCCUCCCCUCCGCUCUCUCCGCAGUACAGCGAGUAUGAUUAAAGAAAUAUUUUUUAAAACGAA